AUGUUUGGAAGGAGCAAGCUGGAUACGCCAACCCACAGUCGUGUUAUCCUGGCCGUCUACAUUGUGACUUUCCUUACCGGGCUGCCUUCAAAUUUGUUGGCUUUCUAUACAUUCCUAAUCAGAGUGCGCCAGAAGCCGGCGCCGGUUGACAUUCUUCUUCUCAACCUGACCAUCUCCGACCUCAUCCUCGUCAUGUUCCUGCCUUUGAAGAUGAAGGAGGCGGCGGCCGAGAUGAUUUGGGACAUGCCGAUGUUUCUCUGCCCCCUCACCGGAUUCUGUUACUACAGCAGCAUUUACGUCAGCACCCUGUUCCUGACGGCCGUCAGCGUGGAGCGCUACCUUGGGGUGGCUUACCCUAUAAAAUACAAACUCAAUCGCAAGCCUAAAUAUGCUGUAAUUGCCAGCGUUGUGUUUUGGUUGAUGGCUUGUGCCAACUGUAGCGUGGUUUACAUCGUCCAGUACGCCAUUCCGAAUAACCAGAGCGCGCUCAAUAACUCCAAGUGCUACGAGGUCUUCUCUCCCCAGCAGCUUAAGAUUUUGCUACCCGUUAGACUAGAGUUGGGUCUGCUCCUGUUUUUCAUCCCGUUCAUCAUAACCCUCUUUUGUUACAUAAACUUCAUCAAGAUCCUGACGUCUCUGCCCAAUAUCCAGGCCAAGAAGAAGCAGAGGGCCAUCGGCCUAGCCCUGGCCACCCUUGCAAACUUCUCCAUCUGCUUCGCCCCGUACAAUAUCUCCCAUGUGGUUGGAUUUAUACAAAAGGCGAGCCCUAACUGGCGGGUCGAUGCGUUACUUUUCAGCACUUUCAAUGCCAGUCUGGACCCGGUUGUGUUCUAUUUCUCUUCUUCCGCGUUUCAGAAAGUAUUUUUCGACUGCCUAGAAGGCGUCUUACUGAAGAUAAGAGCCGUCUGCCAUUGUCAAAGGUUCUGGCCGCCCUCGCUGGAAAUACCCUUUCAUGACCAUACCGUGGAUAAAUCUUCUGACUGA